AUGGAAGGUGGUGUACCUGAGGCUGAUAUCUCAGCCUUCAGAGAAUGUUUAUCUCUGUCAUGGAAAAACCCCUAUGUUCUCCGUCUCGCUUUCUCUGCUGGUAUCGGUGGUCUUCUCUUUGGCUAUGACACCGGAGUUAUAUCUGGAGCACUAUUAUAUAUCAGAGAUGAUUUCAAAGAUGUGGAUAGAAAAACUUGGCUUCAGGAAGCAAUAGUGAGUACUGCACUUGCUGGAGCAAUCAUAGGUGCUGCAGUUGGUGGAUGGAUUAACGAUCGAUUCGGAAGAAAGAAAGCUAUCUUAAUUGCAGAUACCCUCUUUUUUAUUGGUUCUGCAAUCAUGGCUUCUGCAAUGAAUCCAUCUCUUCUUAUUGUUGGUAGAGUUUUUGUUGGUCUUGGUGUUGGAAUGGCUUCAAUGGCAUCACCAUUAUACAUCUCAGAAGCUUCUCCAACUCGAGUUCGAGGUGCCUUAGUUAGUCUCAAUGGAUUUCUCAUCACUGGUGGACAGUUUCUCUCUUACCUCAUCAACUUGGCCUUCACAAAUGCACCAGGAACAUGGAGGUGGAUGCUAGGAGUAGCAGCGGUACCAGCUCUAUUACAAUUCGCGCUGAUGGUAAUGCUUCCUGAAUCUCCGCGUUGGUUGUUUCGAAAAGGAAGAGAAGAAGAAGCUAAAACAAUUUUAAGGAGAAUUUAUCCACCCGAAGAAGCCGAAGCAGAAAUUAAUACUCUAAAGGAAUCAGUUGAAUUAGAAAUCAAGGAAGGAAUGGGCCUUCAAAUUUUCCAACAGUUUGUAGGAAUCAACACUGUCAUGUACUAUAGUCCAGCAAUCAUUCAGUUAGCUGGUUUUGCAUCCAAUAGAACUGCACUUCUUCUGUCACUUGUCACAUCUGGUUUAAACGCGUUUGGAUCGAUUUUGAGCAUAUACUUUAUAGACAAGACAGGAAGGAAAAAACUUGUGUUAUUCAGUUUGUCUGGUGUUAUUUUGUCACUUGUUGUUUUGACUGUUGUGUUUCAUCAGAGUUCGACUCACUCGCCAAUGAUCAGCGCUGGCGAAACCUCACAUUUCAAUAAUACUUGCCCUGAUUACAGUACUGCUAUGGACUCUGGUGGAUGGGAUUGCAUGAAGUGCCUUAAGGCUUCUCCAGAAUGUGGCUUUUGUGCUUAUGGAGAUAAUAAGCUACUACCUGGAGCAUGUUUAAUAUCCAAUGACACAACAAAGGAUGAGUGUCACAAAGAGCAUAGGCUAUGGUACACAAGAGGGUGUCCUAGUAAAUUUGGAUGGCUUGCAAUAAUAGGACUAGCACUCUAUAUAAUAUUCUUUUCACCUGGAAUGGGAACUGUGCCAUGGGUUGUUAACUCUGAGAUUUACCCUUUGAGGUAUAGAGGAAUAUGUGGAGGAAUGGCAUCUACAUCCAAUUGGGUCUCAAAUCUUAUUGUUGCUCAAUCCUUUCUAUCAUUGACACAAGCUAUUGGAGUUUCAUGGACUUUUAUGAUAUUUAUCUUCAUCACUGUUGCAGCCAUUGUGUUUGUGGUUGUCUUUGUACCAGAAACUAAAGGACUUCCAAUGGAAGAGGUGGAGAAUAUGCUUGAAAGAAGGUCUCUUAAUUUUAAAUUUUGGCAGGGAAGUUCUGAUUCUGGUUAA